CUUCCCUCUCCUGUCAGGGAGGCAACCGCCCAACAGGUGUUCCGCUGCCACCGGUCGAAUUCAAUAAAACUAUAUUUCAUUUACACGGCUGUGCGUGUGCUGUACCAGGACACUGCUCCAGCCCAUCCUGUAAACAACUGCAACAGAAGGUCGCCCUGUCUGUCCUUCUGAAGAUGACCUCAUAUUUUGCGCCUGCGGCAUGCAGACUGGGUGGGAUUUCAAACACAUUAAAAAAUUUACUGGGACAAGUAUCUUUGUUAGUUUCUCCCAGUGUGAAAAGUCUAUUGGUAAUCAUAAUUAUCUCUUCAAUAUAAUGUACUUCAUGAAUUUUGUUCUUUAUAAAGUGUAUAUACUGGCACAUACUCCAAAGCAGACUAUAUCAAACCAUUUCCUGACAUUCACAUCAGUCAGCGUUGCAUGCACUGUAUACUUGGUCAUUUUGACAUAUCAGGAACAUUGUUCUUUCAUAGUUUUACCAUGUCAGGCUACGUGUAAAGUGUCUAUCCUUAUAUUUUCAGCUUUGGUGGAUUUGGCGAUAUCUGUGAUGACUGGUGAUCACAAAAGUUUGACUUCACACUCCAAAUACCAGAAUUCCAUUUGAAACAGUUCUUACCAGGUCUUACUAGGUAGCAAUUGUCAUUGUACCCUUGAGCAAGUUACUUAUCCUGCAUUGCUUCAGUGUAUAUCCAACUGUAUAAAUGGAUGCAAUGUAAGUGUUAUGUAAAAAGUUGUGAAAGUCAUUCUGGGUGUGUGCUAUAGUACAUGCUUGUAAUGUAAAGCACAUCAUAUGUUUAUUUUUCUUAGAAGAUAAGCCAGCAGUAACAUAUUUUGCGGAAAUAAAACUGCCUAGAGGCAACCAACAAUGUGCGUCAUCACAUUUGAGUACAUGGCGUGAUUGUCACACCCAGUGCAGUCAAUGUAAAAUAGCACAUGGAGGAAUAAUUGCAGAACGCAAACAUCUAAUUGAUAUUUCAACAAAAAUUUCUACAUUUUUUAAUAUGAAAAAAUUUAUGAUUGACCCUAAGAAUACAUUAUGUUUAGGUCUAUAAUUCACCGUAUCGCUUCAUUAAUUGGAUCUUAGGGACCACUGAUUUAGGGCAGGUCAUAGGGAAACAACAAGGAACCACUGGGGCCAUAUUAGAAGAGAUGAUAAGUUCAAGCCUAGUGCUGAGGAUUGUUCUCAGACCAUUAACAUAUUAAGAUAGAGAUGAGCUACUAAUGAAUGAUUGAACUGGUGGUCUUAAAAUGUUGAAAAUUAAAGAUCACAUGGAACUUACUGCAUAAGCAGUUACUCUGGUGCCAAAGUCCGAUCCUGGCUAUCUUAUUCUGGCGCCUAAUUAGUUCCAUCUUGUUUUAAUAGUUCCCUCCCACCUCACCUUGGGGCUACUCCCAUGAGAUUGUUUUUGAUUAUGAGAUAUGGAGUAAUCACAAAGCAGGUACUAAAACUGCUCAGGCCAGCUGGUGUUUGUUUUGCAGGUAAAAGCUAAAAGUGUCUGGAAAUGCUCUGGCCGCAUUCAGUCUCAGUUUCCAUUGUGCACUCCUGGUCAGGACAGAGGCAGGCUGGCCUGUGGAGGAAUGUCUGUCUGUGGGUAAUGACGUCUGCUAUUGGACCACUGUGAUGAUUCCAGCAUCUAAAGCACAAUUCUAGUCCACAAUGCCCCACCACCCUCUACCCACAUUGAAAUGUUGGGGGGGGGGGGGCUGUUGGGGGUGUGUAAAGAAAAAAAGAGCCAGAAGCGCUCCAUAAUUAUUGACAGGUUUGAUGUGCUCAGCCAGUGGAAAGUAUUGGAAAAUUGGAGUUUCAGCACCAGCUGCCCUCUGGGCUUGGACUGGCCCUGCUAGGAUCUGUAAUGGAAAGAUGGAAAGCAACUCCCCCUAACCUCCCAUUCCCUCCCCUCCCACAUACACAGCCUUACUCCAGCCCCAGUCCCUCCCUCUCCAAUAAAGAAGAGGUUUCAGGGGAUUCACUUAAUGACUUUGCUGAAGCCUGUACAGUGUUUUCUCGUUCAUGUUCUGAACAACAAUCUCCAGGAGCCGCUUUAACGAGUCAUCAGGAUCUAAUUACGGCCCCCAAAGUUUUCCAGAGAAAAAACAAGGCAACAGAGCUCCAGAGUACACCUGUCUGUGGGACAUCGAGUUCCGAAACGCACUCCAGUUUGGCACUGCCCAGGCUGGCCCAGACCAUACCGGACCGGACCGGCCCUUUCUCUGCAGGAACCCGGAGCCCGCGAGAGCUCCUCACCCAACUUCACUCUGUCGCUCAGGCUUUACCCUGCGAUCAUCAUGGACAACGACGAGGACGAGGACGGGAACUUCACCAAGUGGAUGAGCAGCUACUGGGGGCACAGCGCCGGGGACGAGCGGGCCAGGGAGCACCGGCGCAGCUUCAGGAGACCGUCCCUGCCCCGCCCGCCCCAGGACCGCCGCGCCUCGCUGCCCUGCCAGUCCCAGCUCAAUGCUAUGCAGCUGAACCCCUUCCACACGGCCACCCCUGCAUCCCUAUCCACCCACACCAAGUCCCGGGACAAGACAGAUGCCAAGCCUCACCCCCGCGCCUGCCCUGCCUCCUCUGAUGACAACAGCCACAUCAAGAGCCCCCUGGUGAACAGCCGAAUCGGCACCAUCCAGGAGCUGUCCGAAUCCCUGGAGAAGCGGCUCCACUUCCGCGGCCACAGCGUCACGUCCCUGAGCGACGCUGAAGACCUGUGUCUUAUUUGCCAUAAUGAGGCGAGGGGGAGAGAGACACGCUGCGCACACCGUCCCCUCAAAGAGGGGAAGAGGCCAGAAUGGAGGCUGUGUGGCAGUGGCAAUAGAGGCAGUAGUGCCGCUGGUGGUGCCAUGUCAACGGUGUGCAACGGACAGAGGUCCAGAGACGCCUCUCACUGUGUGGAGCAUGAGGAUCAUCGCCAAACACACAGGAAGCUCUCUCUGCGAAGGCAGCGCUGAUGUCACACCUCCCCCUAACUUCCUGUUGAACACUCUCCCCACUUAAUCUCGGCCAAGCCCUUCCCUUUAUUAGCCUUGCUCCCCAACACCUAUUGUCCCGCCCCUCUAACCCCUCAAAAACAAAGAUCAGUAGGAUGUCAGUACUACACACCAGUGUGUGCGUCACAUGCCAGAGACAGUAUAACAUAUGUGCAGAUGCGUCACAGACUUAAAUCAACACUACACACCUGUUUGUGUGUCACACACCUGAGUCAAACACUAUACUCAGCUGUGUGUGCAUCACAUACCUGAGUCAAUACUACACACCUGUGUGUGCCUUGGGCUGUUUUUUCUGCACUGCAUGUUCGGAGUAUGGAUGCUCCAUGGAUAACACCCAAAGUGACAUGGCUAUCUAUGUCCUAACCACCUUCACAGACAUAAAUUUGCAUAUGGUCAUGAGAAAGGCCCAGCUCAUAGUUUGUUUCAACAUCAAGUCCAAUAAUUAUAAUCAUCAUAAUCAUAGUUUCAAAACCACACCUAACUGUGCUGCCUUCACUUCAUUUUGGAAUUUAUUAGGAAAUUGGAGGUCUUCAGAUUCCUUCUCAAUGUUUGUGUGUACUUAUGCACUCUGCUCACAAAAAAAGUAUAGUUGCCAUAUUGUCCAUGAACAGUAGCUGUAUUGUAGCAGCUUUGAACAGCUUUAACUGUCAAAUGUAACAGGCUUGUGGGUAUGGUUACCUACAAAGCUCACAUUUUAUAAUAAAGAUUUGUUGCAAAUUAAUCUUACAUGAUUUGCUACAAAUAAUGAAAAGAAACUAAAUAAAUAGUUCAAACUUUUGGUAAAAUAAAGAUUUGCUUUGUCAGUAAAUGAAGCAAUGCUUUGGCCUAUUCUGCCUUCAUUAGGUGAUAGACAGGGGGAGGUUGUGUCAGCUGAAAUGUUGGCUUUUACUUUACAUUACAUUAAAGCUGAGAUCCAGCAUACAGGAAAUAUUUUUUACCUGUAUAUUUUGUUUAUUUUCAUAAAUUCAUAUUUUCUGUAUAGCACUUGAAAUUUUAUCAAGAGAAGGUUUUUGAUAAUAUUAAUGCUCCUUAAAAAAAACUUUAUCAUGAAACAACAUUUCCAUUUAUUUGGAUCUUCAGGUGGGUGAAAUGUUUGUGCCAGUUUUGUUGUUGUAAAGUCAGCCAGAAGCAUUUCAAGUAGUCUUAAAUAGUCAUAUGUGCAAACUGUUGUAUGUUGGGACAUGUAUUCUGUAAUUGGUUGUCAGGUCACAGUUAAAAUGGAUUUUAGACGCUAUGCCCUAGCCCAGUGUCAUUGUCAUCUCUGUACAUUAACUUGAUAAUAUUCAAAGCAAAUAAAUAUAUUUGAUCUGUUGCUUGGCUGAGGAACUCUGUUUCAAAGCACAGUGGUGUCAGUUUACACCCUUUAUUAAAAUUAAA